AUGAACACCAACAAGAUCCUCGGCAACAUGAUCGGCGCUGAUAUGAUCAGCAGCACUCAAGCAAUAGUCUGCAUUGCCUUGGUUCCUGCAUUGCAAAUCCAUAUCCUUGACACCACGUCUGAAAGACAGUUGGUGCAACGUAUGGGCCGUCAAAACCUCGAGUUUUGCAUGAUGGUUAUUGAAGAGCUCAAACCCGUGUACUUCGGCGCUGAAAUACUUUCAAGAAUGUUCACCAAGGCAAAGAGCCGGAUUUACAGCAAGACGUUUCCUUCCACCACAGCUGUUAGUGAUGUCCCUCAGUCAUCGCGUGAUUCCGCGAUUGGUUCUAUCCCAUUCGUGGCAGAUGAUGCACGCCAGCAUGAUGCGGAGAUAUUUGAUGCCUUCUCGACGUUAUUAGGCCCCUCUCCCCCAUUCACAGCGGGCGGAAUCUUCUUCAACGAGUGA